GCAUGCUGCUGGGGCCUGGAGUUGCUGUAGAUGACACCCUAAAGUGGCAUUGUAGAACUCUGGAGGAGGCACUUUGUCCAAAUCCACUGUACAGCCUCUGGGCCUGACAUAGGACGAGCAAUGCCAAACAGGAGUUUGCUGCAAGUACAGAAAGUUUGCCAAAAUGCUGAGAUGGAAAAAAACAACGAGAAGCUGCUUGGAGGCAGAACUAGAAACAAGCACACACUUCCCAUACAUCACAGGAAGUAGAGAGGAAUCGGGGGAUUUUUACUUCAACUGCUGAAAAAAUGAAACUAUACGAGGCCAUGCUGAGAUGACGAAACAUAGCUGAUUGCAGCACUAACAAACAGUUCUGCCAAGUUUGUUUCUAAGAUGAGACACCACUGAAGGACAAGAAACACACAAGGGGUCGGUAUGUUGCUGUGGGAGUGAGUUUUACAGUAAGAGAGGCGCAGGCACACAGGCUGCCUGUUAACUACUGCUGAGACCCUCCUUUCUUCCAGUCUUCAGACAGCGUGUUCAAGGUACAUCAGGCUGCAGACAGGAUGUUUCACAAGGCAACCAAAGACCUGGUAAAGCAGGUGGCUCCAGAUGGAGAUCUGCUCCCAGUUAGCAGCCUUAUUGACCAAGAUCACUUCAGACCCCUAUACCUUGUUCGAAAGAAACCAAAAAAGGUAUUCUGGAUGACUCGUCACUGCUACUACAAAACAGGAGUUCAGCUCAGUGCCAUUCUGGUACCUGGACAGGACAGCAGAAAUCUAGAUAUCCAGGAUUCACACUCAUUCACUGUCGAGGACUGCACUGAUGGCAGAGUAAAGUGGACUAUUAAGCUGCCUGAAGACUUUGUGAGUACGGAAAUGACGCUAGAUGCUGGCAGCUACCAAGUGAAGUCCAUCAAGGUGAAAAGAGCAGAGGUCAGCCCAGCAGAUCUCGAGUUUCUACAAGGAGAAAGGAAAAUCAACAUGGACCAUUCCAUCAUUAAGGAUUUACGGAAGCGCAGAGAGAACUUGUAUGUGAUCAACGAGGCUGUACAGGCUUUGGAGGAGAGCACAUUAUACAAGGCCAACACUAUGGAAGGCAACAUUCUGAAUGACAUCUGUGUCCAUUUUUCAUUAAAGGGCACCAGAGGCAGCAAGCGUGUCAUAAUUAUCCCUAAGGACUGUGUCCUAGCGUUCAGAAUCAAGCCGCUAAUUAUUCAAAGUGAAUCAUGGGGCAUUUCCCAUCAUCCGGAUGAUGAAACAUUUGUUGCAGACGGUAAACAGAACAUUUUGCCAUCUUCAUUUGUGUUAAUUCUCUCUCUAAAGCGUGCAACAGCGAAAUCUAAGUACUCCCCAGAUGGAGGAAUGGAAGGCCUGCAGAGCGACGUUGAAAAAGAAUGUGCAGAGCUCUCACAGUUGUCCACAGAUCUGCGUGCCAAGUUCUUAAAAUCAAUCAUAGCCGUGAUAAUAAACAGCGACCUCUUGCAAGAACUCACACUCCAGCUAGAAGAGGCUUUUGAAGAUGCUGAUAAAUGUGAGCUAAAGAGUGAGAAUCCAGACUUGGAAGACUUGCUAAACAAUUUACAGGAUUCUGCAGGAAGCAUACAUCUUUACCUUGUUGGGCCAGUUCUCUACACUCUACACGCACUUGGUGAGCUAACUGAGGAUCAGUUACUGCGGCUGGCACAGUCUGUGCAGAAGCAGAUUGUAUCCGAACAGCUUGAGCUGGUCAAGAGCAUCUUGAAGCAAGAUUUCCACCUGAAAGACGCUUUCAGCCUGGAUGCCAAGCUGGUCUCCUCCCUGCAAGAGGAGGAACUGAACAUAACCAAGGCAAUGAUAGAGCUGGGUGGAGUAACACUGCAGAGAAAUGGACCUUCUUUCACUGGGACUGGAGACCUGGCUGCUUUCUCAGCCCUCAGUGCAUUGUAUGUAGCCUUGUAUGCUUUACAUCUUCUGUCUAGAUCAGAGUAGAUAGGACACCUUUCCUCACAUUAGAAGGGAUGUCAAUAAAAAGACUGAAAAAAUAUUUCCUGAGGUUGAUUAUGGGAAGUGAGUUUUUCUCUACAAAAAGUAUCCCCAAUUUUAUACACAUCCACACACUGUAGCAACCUCACUUUGAUCUGGAUGAGACUCUCUUCAUAUCUCCUCAACGCUGCUUCUAGAUCCGUAGGUGGGAGAAGGGGAUUGUUGCAAGUUGCCUGGCAGCCAAAGGAAGCGAGAAACCAGAACCAAGAAUUAAAACAGGUUCUCUCACGAGAACCCAUGGCCCAGGAUGUCAUGAGCUUACCUGCCAUAUUUUGGCAGAACCGGCCAAUGGGAGCUGGGGGGGGGUGUCUGCAGGCAAGAGGAGCUGGAGCUGCUGCUGGCCGCUUCAGGCGCAGCACGGUCCGCAGUGCCAGGACGGGCGGGAAACCUGUCUCUGGCACCCUGGCUGCGCCGCUGACUGGGAGUCGCUGGAGGUAAGUCCGUGCCCCAACCCCAAUGUUACAUUGCAUAUGGAAACAUCAGGGGGCACAACUGCCUAGAGAACAGCCACUAAUUAUAACCUAUAAGUAAUGUAGUAAGCCCUCCCCCCUACUCUACUAGACAGCCUGGACCCAACCUUCUCAGGCCCACUGUAAUGGGAAGUCUGGAACACUAAUUGGAAUAGGCAUGGUAUGCCCAUACGAGAGAAGGUGCAGGGCACAGUACUACACAAGGGGCAGAUGGAAUAUCAACACCUUCCAUCUUGAUUCCUGGCCCUAUCAGGAAGUGUGUUGCCAUAUGUCCUAUGCUUUUCCAGGGAUACCUGGGCAGGAGGAUCCCAAAAGAAAAGGAAUGAAAAAAGGGGAGGUGGAGUGUUAGGAUAUAGAUAUUCAGGCCUAUCUGUAAACGCCUAUACUUUAAGAAUGUAGGUAUAUGUUUAUCACUUAGCUAGUUAUAGAGGUAUAAAAGAAUCAAAAUCACUGUCUGCCGGUGUCAGGGCCUUUUCUCACUGUGACAGUCUGAGGCCCUGUUCUUAAGCUAAGGCCUUUGGCUAAGCAGUGGGAGCAGCCAUAAACUGGAAAGCGUCAUGUCGUCACACAUUUCAAAUUAGUCAUAUUGAACUCAGGCAAUCUGGGGCUGUAAGAAAGGGGAUCCGAUCCAUCACUGCAGAGAAAGGGAAGAGCCUAGAAGAUGUAAAAGGAAAUUUAGUUUGAUAGUUUUCUGUUUGGUAAGAAGUCACUAACCAAUAGACAUAGUUGGGAAACCCUUAUGCCUUUAAAAAGCAGCAAAGAGUCCUGUGGCACCUUAUACACUAACAGAUGUAUUGGAGCAUAAGCUUUCGUGGGUGAAUAUCCACUUCAUCAGACGCAUGCCUUGAUAGAUGUAGUUGUGAAAUCCUCAUUUCUGUAUUGUUUUGUCAUUAUAGUUCCCACUUUGCUAUUGUUUAUUUGCAUGGUCUCGGUCUGGUUCUGUGAUUGUUUCUGUCUGCUGUAUAAUUAAUUUGGCUGGGUGUAAAACGGAUUAAGGUGGUGGGAUAUACUUGGUUAGCUAAUCAUGUUACAAUAGGUUAGGAUUGGUUAGGUAAAUUUCAGUAAAAUGAUUGGUUAAGGUAUAGCUGAAAAUAUUACUAUAUAAAUUAGGGGCAAACAGGAAGUAAAUGGGGAUUUGAAAAUAAGGGAAAAGGAACUUGGAUUUAAGCUUGCUGGAAGUUCACCCCAAUAAACAUCAAAUUGUUUGCACCUUCGGA